AUAAUGGCUGGCACAAUCAAUCUGGAGGAAAUACAGCUGGUAAAUUUAAUGGAGUACAAUCCGGAUACGAAAACAAUGCAAACGCCAGCAACAAUUGGCUAUUAUCGUCAGCCAAAGGAAAGUGAAUAUCCAUUGGACUUGGCCAAGGGUUGCGAGCAAUAUAUACACCGUGAUUGGGCUGAUCACAGUGAUAGCCCACAUGACAGAGUCCUGCAUUAUCUAAUGCACCAGGAAAGUCCUAGGGCUUUUAUGAAACAAAUUGAUUUCUGUCUUAAUCGUCAGACAAUGAUUGCAAUUGUGCAAAAAGAACAAAAACAUUUUGUAGCUGUCCGCUUCAACGAAUGCAUUUUCCUGCACUUGAUCACAGACCGUAUUGAGGACCACGUCAGAGAAUCAGAGCCAAGAUCGCAAAUAAUUACUUAUCCAUUCAAGGCUCGACAGUAUUUAUUUGCUGAUGCUCCUGACUCCACUCCAAAUACCGAUGUGCCCGUAAAUGAGAACAGACAGAUCUACGGAAUUCUGACGGCCAAAUUAGGUAACUUCAGGCUUAUGUAUUCGGGUGAGAUUGCCGGCGUGGAGAAUACCGAACCCCUUGGGGACUUAAACGAUCCAGAAGUUCUGAAACAAUGUCGUUUGGCAUCGGUCAAGGUUUUACGUGACAAUUCCAAAUGGCGCUUUAAAAAAAAGAUCACUCAUUGGCUAAUUCAAGCCCAUUUAUCUGGGAUCCAGCAAUUUCGCGUUGCUCUUUUUAAUGACGACGGUUUGGUGACCAAGCCUAUCGAUGGCGAGGGUCGUAAUCAACUUGAUCGGCUAAACAAAUUUGAUAUGGCAAAGCGGUAUCAAACUCUCCACCAUUUUCUUCAUGAGGUCACUAAGUACGUGGGUGACACUGACUGUCCCCAUACAAUCCAUGAGUUCACUGUAGUCGAGCAGUCCCUUGUCUAUAAUGGGAUGAAGCAUAAGACCAAUAGCAGCCUUACUGAAAAGUUUAUAAGUCUCUAUAUCUUAUUCUGAUUUAUUUCUCAUGUCAUACCGCUACACUUGCGAUUGAGCCUUACUGAAUCGCUUGUCAACUAAUUGGGUUACACAGCAUUAUAUAUAUAUACACACAUACAAAUAUACAAUGAUUAUGACGUCUUGUGGAUUGUUGCUCCUUGUUAUCCUUGACCAUGUUUGCCAAGGCAGUAACAUGCCCACAUGUACAUACAUUCUCUUACACAUUUCAACGAAUCUGGACAAUAUUGUCAAACAAUUACAUGACUUUACAAUUAAUUUGUCUCCCCAAGAUAUAUGUACAUACAUACAUAUAUGUAAGAUAAGUGUAAGCGUUAAGAGUUGAGGCACGAUGUAAAAGCAGGUUGCAUGUAUUGCAGUUAUAUGUAUACUGUAUGUGUUUUUAAUACCCUUGCAGAGUGUGUGAUAAAAUUGGUCAGAUGUUUGUAACGCACAUAUAUGUUCUUGAACAGCAUAAGAAGCUGGGUCGAUAUAGUGAUAUCCGUCUGUGCGUAUGCCCUUUAUGCCGCCAAUUUAAAACCUAUUAGAAUGAACUUUCGCCUACAUGAGAUAAACUAUGCAAAUUGUGGGAAUUGGUUUACUAUAUCAUUUAGUGAUAUACGAAAAAAUAGAAGAAGUGAUAGUUUUUAAUGGAAUGUAUCUCCAAAUUUUGAAAAGAUCGCAUACAGACUGUAUGUUUAUGCUACCGAUCUGAGAUCUAUGUAUGCAUAGUGCAUGUAUAAUGCUUCACAGAAGACAACAUUGCCAGUAUAGCGAAAUAAAAAGGGACAGACAAAGAGUUUCUAAUAUGGAAAAUUAUUUUGGCCAAGAACCGCAAGGGUAUAUAAUCUUCGGCACAGCUGAAUUUAGCUUCAUUGGUAUUGUUAUGGAUACACUUUGCACUUCAGUUCAUUGUCUUCUUCUCUUAACCCUAUAUAUUGAAAUUAAACAAAAAAUUUCUAAUUUGCAAUAAUGAAAAGUGAAGAGAUAGAAUUUUUUAGUUUCCAAAUAACUAUAUGUGUGAAUCAUAAAUAAAUUU